CGGCAGGGAAAACCAUUUUGACAUCUGAUCUGGAGGAGCCGCGAGGGUCAGUUAUGGCGCAGGCGGUGGCGGCGGAGGGACGGACCGGCAUGGGCUCCCUCGCUCUCUGGUGAUCUGGCACGCCACACGCCAGGGGGGCCGACCUGCACCCCGCCCUUAGGCUCCGGGUUUUGGAGUAUGCAGGAGGCGGCGGCGGCCCCAUGCUGCUAGAGUCUCCAUGCACAGGAUGGCGCGCGCAUACCCGGGCAGGCUGGGUGGUGCCAAGGAGCAGCUUGAUGGGCUGGGCCCUGCAGGCCUGGGCGGGCUGGGCAGUGGCGGGCUGGGCGGGCUGGGUGUGGCUACAUCAGUGGGCAGCGGCUCUGAUGGGCUGGGCAUGGGCACAUGUCCGCUGUGCCGAGGUCUGCUGGAGGAGGCCCGGGUGCUGCCGUGCCUGCAUGCCGUGUGUGGGCCCUGCCUGGAGGGCCUGCUGGCAGGCGCCACGCUGGCCUGCCCAACCUGCCACGCCGAGCUAAACCUGGACCAGCCGCUGGAUGCCCUCAACCCGCCACUCUUUCUGCCCUCUAUCCUGGACAUGGUGUCCUCAGAAGAUGACCUUGGCAGCCCCCCGCCCCCCACACCCUCCAUGGUCAGCCCCUCAAAUUCCCAUGUAAACAGCCGUGAACAGUUGCUGCCACUGCCACUACUUCACAAUGACCUGUCACGGCCCUCGCGUUACCUGUGUGCCAGCUGCGACGAUGGGCAGGCCGCCGCCUCACGCUGUAGGGACUGUAAUGAGGCUCUCUGUGAGUCGUGCGUGCGUGCCCACCAGCGUGUGCGGCUCACCAAGGACCACUUCAUAGUGCCCAUGCCUGGCGAUGAGACGGCGGCAGGCAACACCAACGGCUGCUCCUCGCGUGGCCACUUUGUGCCGCCAGAAGAGAAUUGCCACACUCCGCUGGGUCUGGCCUCACCCCCGCCGGCCACGUCCCUCGGCAGUGCAGCCUCAUCCCAGCAUGGCGUAGGGCAUGUGUUCUGUGCUACUCAUGAUGGCGAGCCAAUGCGCUACUUCUGUGAGCGAUGCAACGCCGCUGUGUGUCGGGAGUGCAGGGUGCGGGACCACCGCGGCCAUGCCUGUGUACACCUGCAGGAGGCUGCAGAAAACUCUCGCUCUGUCACCCUCAAGCUGCUGACGGACGCACGCAGCGGCAUCCGGGCCAUCGAGGACAGCAUCGGCGUCACGAAGCGCAUGGUGGACCGGGUGGAGCUACGGGCUAAGGCAGUGGCCAGCGACGUGCGCUCCACCACGCGACGCCACAUCUCUGCGCUGGAGGACCGUGAACGAAAGCUACUGAACAAGGUGGAGAGAAUACGACAAGUGAAGGGCAAAACUCUGCAGGACCAGAUUGACGACUUGAACACUGUGCUGGUCCGCCUCACCCAUACCGUGGAGACCAUUGGCCCGGUGGAUUCUGCCAACCACCUAGAGCUGCUGCAACGCCGGGACAAGAUAUUGGCAGAGAUGAACGAGCUGCGGCAGAUAAAGGCGCACCUCAGCCCCCACGAGGACGACAACAUUGUGUUUACGCCGCCUGACACCAGCCUCUACCAGGUGCUCAACACAAUGGGCUUCGUGUCGUCCUCGGGCCAUGCACCCCACACAGUGGCCAGCGGCAGUGGACUCAAGAAGGCAGUGCGCGGCAAGGUGGCCACCUUCAUGGUGCACAGCAAGGACCACCUGGCUGACCCGCGUGCCAUUGGCGGUGACCCAAUCACAGUGACUGUUGUUGGCCCCGAUGGUGCCUCAAUUCUUGCUGACGUGCAUGACCAGGCUAAUGGCACCUAUCUGGCCAGCUACCGGCCACAGAUGGAGGGGCACCACGUGGUGAGCGUGAUGCUGCGUGGCCUGCACAUCCAGGGCUCGCCCUCUACCGUGCCGGUGCGUGCUGGCCGCAGUUAUUCCUCCGUGGGGCAGGUACUGUUUACCAUCGGCAAUGAGGGAGAGAAUGAGGGCCAAUUGUGCCGCCCGUGGGGCGUCUGCUGCAAUAAGGAUGACUACAUCAUCGUUGCGGACCGCAGCAACAACCGUGUUCAGGUGUUCACUUCUGACGGGGCCUUCCACCACUCCUUCGGCACGGCGGGCUCGCGGCCCGGUCAGUUUGACCGGCCAGCAGGCGUUGCAGCUGACAGCAUGGGCCGCAUCAUAGUGGCAGACAAGGACAAUCAUCGUAUCCAGGUCUUCACCUUCGAGGGCAACUUCAUCUUUAAGUUUGGAGAGAAGGGCAACAAGAAUGGCCAGUUCAACUACCCGUGGGACGUGGCCACCAACUCCGAGGGUCACAUCGUGGUCUCCGACACACGCAACCACCGCAUCCAGCUCUUCCUUCACGAUGGCACCUUUGUGAACAAGUAUGGCUUCGAGGGCUCCCUCUGGAAGCACUUUGACUCUCCGCGGGGCGUCUGCUUCAAUCACGAGGGUCACAUCGUUGUCACAGACUUCAACAAUCACCGCCUGCUGGUGGUGCACCCAGACUUCCAGUCUGCUCGGUUUCUGGGCAAUGAGGGCGUGGCAGAAGGCCAGUUCCUGCGGCCUCAGGGUGUGGCCAUUGAUCAGGAGGGCCACAUCAUCGUGGCAGACUCACGCAACCAUCGCAUACAGAUCUUCCACCCCAACGGUACGUUCAUGUGCAAAUUUGGCGUGCUGGGCUCUGCUCCGGGCCAGCUGGACCGGCCCAGCGGCAUCUGUGUGAUGCGCACGGGGCUCAUCGUGGUGGUGGACUUUGGCAACAACCGCGUUCAGGUAUUCUAGGGCUGCACAGCCCUCCUGCACCACAAGUGUCUUGCUUAUUGGUUCCAGAGUACAAAGUGAUGAAACCUCGUACAAAUUUUCCAGGUAUUUCUUGAUGUGAUGGCUCGCCACGCGGUGUCUGCCACCAGCUACCUCAUUGUUGAGAUGAUGAUAAUACAGGGUAUAUUAUAGUGGUGCGAGCCGCCACGCUUUGUACAUAGCGCUUCAGCAGAACCACGGACGGUGACAUGACGCUUUGAGGUGACAAGAAAGGUGUGUGUGUGUGUGUGUGUGUGUGUGUGUGUGUGUGUGUGUGUGUGUGUGUGUGCAUCAGCGUCAUGUCCCGUCCUGGCUGAGGCGGCACUGCUCUCUGUGGGAAGCAAACCUUUGGGUAGAGAUACUACAGUAAGCGUAGUUUUGUCGGUGGUGUGAGCAGGGUGGCCCUGUGGUGCUGGUGCACUGCCUUCCUUGGCACGGCCCUGCGGGUCAGCACGGCAAAACUCAGGAGUACAAUCAUGUGGGGCUGGAGCGGCAGGGUAGGGUGGAGCAGGUUGAUGCAGCACACUGACCCUCGGGACUGAACCUGGCAACCUGCUCCCGCUCGCCCUGCCCGUGGCCCUGCCACUACCUCAAGAUUAGGGUUAAUGAGUGAGUAGUGAAGCCUUGUUGCAUUACGACAUGUACAGUAUAUCGCCUGUCCCGGCAGCGGGGCAUGUGGGCGUCGUGGAGGCAGCAGUGGGUGUCCUGCGUGUACACGGGUUAGCGAGUCCUUCCUCUGUCUCGGCACAGAGCGUCACAGCGUGACUAUAAUCACUUGGUGCGGGGCCUGCCACGCGCCGCCACCCAGGGCCGCGAGACCCCAGGUGGUGGUGGCAGCGGUGGCCUCGCCGGCACACACAGGGGUAUGUGGGUGGCCGCGGCUGGCCGGGGAUGGACCCGCCUCAAAGUUCCUCUAGUUAGUAUGGUGCUGCCGUGGGGCUGGCGGGGCGGCAGCUGGGGUCGGGCCGGGGGGAGGGUGGGGUGGUCACUGGCAGGGCCGGGGCAGUUUUUCUACUUGUCACUGGGUGUCACCUUUUAAUGGCUUAAAAUAAUAAAUCAGUAUAUUUUUAAUGAACCGCAGGUUUCUUAAAUAUUUUAAGGGAUAAAUAAAUUGUGCUUCCAGUACACUCAAGAUUUUAAAAUAUAAUUUUUAGCAAAGCUUAAUUAUAAUUGAUUUUUAAACAUAGCUAUAAACUCAAGUAUUUUAUCACAAAUUGAUAAUUAUUAGUACUAUAUAGUUGAUAUGUAUAAUUUUUAACUUCAGGUUUGAAAAUGCAUUUUGACACUUUAUGGGAAAAAUCUGAUUAGCUCCCACCUGAGUCAUGUUCUCCCAGUGUACCUGAGACCAGUGUCUGCAGACAGGUGACCUGGGCAGGUGACAAUCACCACCCACUUGUCUAAAAAUGUAACAGAUUGUAUUGAAAACUUUGCAUGAAAUGGAAGUCACAGUGUGCUUGGCAGCCCCACGUCAUGUGGCGUGGAGGGGGAGGUGGCAGGGCGCGGGGGGCCCACAGGUCACAGGUAGUGGUAGUGUUGUAGGGAAGGGUUCUUAAGCUGAGUCUCAAGACGAGUCGGCCACAAAAACAACUGUAGCGUGGCUCCGUCACAAAGUUUACAUUGUCAAUUUUUGUAUUGUAGUUUGCAGCAUCUGGGAGGGGAGGUCAAGUUGUGCCAGUUGUGUGCCAGUCUGUGUUGGGGGGGUGGGGGGAGUGGCUCAGUGCCACCUAGUGUUUGUGUGUCAGGUCUCAGGGAAGGCCACAGGAAUCAAUCAUCUCUGCCUGUUCAGUAUUUUAGUAUAAUGAAGGGAGAGUCACGCCAUUCCUUGGUAUUCUCACAUGAAUACCUACGUCACGACGGGUCCCAGACUACCUCAUUCCCUAGUAUGUGUGUUUUGCUUGUCCAGCUGCAGGUCACCUUGGUAAUGGAGGUAUCCAUGCUGAAUGGAAAAAAAAGUGAGAUUGGAGCCAAUAUUUUAUUUUUUGUUCUUUUCAGGAACACAGGAAUAUAUUUUUUUAGUAAAUUAAGAUUCAUACACAGUGAUACUAGCUAAGCAAAUGGUUCACAUUCACAACUGUGCAUAAUAGCUGCAUUUCAAUUAUGUAAACCAUAAUCAUCACAGCGGGAACAAAGUCCUACGAUUUUACUGUUACUUAGGCAAGCCGAGAUUAACUUGUCGCAUCCUUGAUAUCUGGGAGGAUGCAGCACCAGAUGGUCUUUGUUAGAUGAAUGACAUGCAGCUGCUAUGUAUGAAGGUAAAUGUAAAUCGAUUUAUUUUUGCAUUUUUACUCUAAAACAUAAUUUGAAAUAUAGCCAUAAUAGCUCUUGUCCUCAUCAGAAAUUCAAAUAUUGGCACCACCUGUCAUUUUCCCCUCUGCAUUGAUACCUUGAUUGGUGGGUUGAGAUAUCAACCCCCGGGUAGCCACAAGAAUAUGAUCUAUUCUCCUUUAUUGAUUCCCUGCAAGAGUGACUGGCUGGGAAUUAGUGGUUAAGUUCACAGACACAAGUGAUGUCUGAUCUUAUGGUUAGCAUUAAUGUUUUACUUAUGGGUACUGUGUAUGUCUGUGUGCAUGUGUUUGUAUGUCUGUGCAUUAUUUAGUAUAGCACAGGAAAAAUACGGGUUUGUGGGAGUGUCCAGUACGAUGUGCCCGGGGGUGUCGCGCCACCACCCACCCUCCAGGACUUUGUGAUAUUAUUCCCGCUCCUCGGCAGCUGGAGAGCCGAACAGGACGUGGAGGAGGGCGGACACGCCUUGGUGUGGGCCAGAUGGUGCUGGUGUAAUUGCACAAAAAGUUUGUGGUGACUAGUUUGUCAACAGUAUGUAUGUAUGUGUGUGUGUGUGUGUGUGUUUACAGGUGGUCAUUCAUCCUGUUUCAAGUUAUGGAAUGACAUGAGAUUACUGUACUCUGUAUUGACACUUGUUGGGUCCACGGUGGUGCAGUGUCAGUGGGGAGUAAACAUGUAGCGUAAGAGUAGAGUGAGCAAAGUGUUGCUGUGCCUCAGGAUGUGUUAACUGUGUGGCUACAUUGGUAAUAGUGUGGUUGUCUAUCCCUGGACACCAUUUUGCUAUGUACAAUACCUUGUGUUUGUUAAAUAUUGUGAAAUCUCGUCUUCUACUUACGUACACAUCUACUGAACUUUAAUGUACAAUGCAUCAAUCUACUUGCAUCAAUUAUGUAGUACAAGUAUUAUGAGAUAAUUUCUUCCUCUGUACACCUGUUAAGUGCUUUUCUCCAUACUUUGUGUAGGAGACCACCCGCCAACCUUGCUGCCAUUACCACCCCUGCCACUGUCUUGUUGCCAGCAACAAGAGUCAGGAUUGCAGUAGUAAUUUCAUAGCACAGUACAGUUGUGAAUUAAUUUAGUAUAAUGAAAUCGAUAGUUCUGCCUACCCGAUUAGCAAUAGGGCAGUGGUGGUGGUAGGUGAGCUGCAGAGAGCAGCUACAGAGCCACAAGCAGUCCUGAGGCACCAGCAGCACCAUCCCAAUAUUCCUCUCACUCGGUGGUCACAAAAGAAGUGUAGCCUGACGUUGCUGCUGCUGGUGCCUGGCAUGCACUCACGGAAGUGUUGUUAAGCUAGUGGCGAAAACUUGCUCAAGUCUCUGUUGGUGUGUGGUGAGCUGUGCUGAGAGGCUGUGGUGCCACUGUGCUCCUUGGGUGACAUUCAGACUUGCUUCAGGGAUAUGAUAGAGGCUCUAUAUUGUUCCUAUGUCAGAGUUUAUGUGUAUAUGUUGACCUCAGUGGAAUAGGGAUUUAUCUCUUAGAGUAUAUUCACAGUUCAGGGCCAACCAAUGGUGCUUCUCCAGAAAACCUAUUUUGCUUAGACUACACUAAAAGUUAAUAAAAUUACCAGAAGUAUUGCUGUAGGACAGAUUGUAUCUAGAACAGUCUUGAGUAUCACCUGAUGAGUGUUAGGUGUGUGUGUGUGUGUGUGUGUGUGUGUGUGUGUGUGUGUGUGUGUGUGUGUGUGUGUGCCAGGGUCCAGUGAGGGGUGUCAGGGUGUGUGGUGGCCUUGCUCACUCUACCGCAGUAAACGUGUAGCAGCACCGUGCCCGGCCCUGCCGUGCAGUGCUGUGGCGACGGGCAGCAGCCUGCCAUGCCACCCCAUCUCAGGUUAUACACUAAGUAGUUUCUGCCAUGUGAUUGUGUCAAGGGGUCUGGCAGCUGCUGCCUUGCCUGGGCCCGGCCCGGCAGGCGUCCAGUGCAGUGCUUUUGCUGUAAUGUCCUCAUCACUGGUUUUGGGUGAUUGUGCAAUUACAUGAACAAUGAAUAAAGCAGCAGAAAUGUACAA